AUGUCGCAGUAUCCUGUAAAAGAAUUAAAACGUCGUCUUCAAGAUGACACCACAAUUUUACCUAAACGACUUAAAUUAGCUAAGAAUGUGGUUCAGUCUCAACACUUACCAACGGCGCCAAAGGAGCGAGUUGUGGCAGAAUGGUUAGAUGAACUUGUGAAAGCCAAUAAACUGCCAAGUAAAGAAUUGAGAGACAUUAUAGGAUGGGUCAAUGUUGUUGAUGACUUAACCAGAGAAUUAAAGUUACAACUUGUUAAGGUUGUGUCACAGUAUCUUCAUAGUAACUCAUUACAAGUUGAUGAUAUACCGUACGUAAUAACAUUCCUAGAAAAUGAUAAAUUAUCAAAUCAACUUAAACUACAAAUGGACGACUACUUAUUUAUCACAACCACAUUACUCCAAAACUUACAUAACAUUCUGGAUAGCGAGCAGAAUAUUGAAACAAUAUUUAAUAAUAUAACAAAAUAUUAUAAAGAGUCCAAAAAGAAAUUAGAAUUUAUUAUAAAAUUUUUGGACGGAGAAAAUUUGGAAACACUUUUUAUGUUUCUCGAUACUAAAAGUCAUCAAACGGUUAUAGAAUUAUGUAAGAACAUAUUGUUUCCGAUAACAAAGAAACAGUUUUUUUCGAGUUUUCUUCUCAAUUUAAUAAGAAAAGAUAAUAUAGAUGAACUUAUCGCUGAAAAGGGAGAUAAUAUUCAGUCGGUUAUUAAAAUUAUGAGCGCGUUUUUCACAUUUCCAAAGGGUAGAACGGAAAAAGAUAAGAAAUUUUUAUCGGAUUUCAUAAAAAUAUUUGUAACAUGUUUCUGUAAAGAAAGUCAAAUAAUAUUUGCAUUCUAUAUAAUGGUGGCUAGUUCAUUACACAUGCAACAGCACUAUUUAGCUCCAGCUAUGGUGAUGCCACCGAUUAUCUUUGAAGAAAACGAUGAAAAAAUCAAGCGUAAUAUAUUUUUGAACAUGCUCAAAGCAUUACUGGAUAAUGAAGUCAAUAUAAAUGUGCGAUUAACUGAUACUUUAGGGGAGAAAGUAUCUAAAAUUGAGAUUAAAAAAACGCUAUUAUCAUUCUUACAAACUGUUAUGAUGGGUCAAUUAAAAUUAGAAGGUAAAAUUGAUAAAACAACACUACAUAUAAUACAAACAGCUAUUAAGUUAGAUCCUACUUUGAUUGAACAGAAAAUUGAUAAAAUUCUGCCAAAUAUAAUGACAGCGAAAAAGAGUAAUUUGGAUAUUUUGGAGGCUUAUACACAGACAAUGAAUUGUUUGCUAGAAACUCUGUUCAAAGUUAGCAGAGGUACAGAAUUUCUCACACAAAUGAUACCGCAUUUAAAGAUCAACUUAGAAGCAUGUAAUGUUGAACAAUUUGAAUUGAAACAGAAGUUACAAGAAGCUCAAAACGAAGAAUCUACGAAAAAAAUCAAAGCCAAAAUUAUAACUGGAUAUGAUAUUAUUCCAAAAGAGUGUGUUGAGAUGUACGGGAAGUUAACUUCAGAUUUGAUGUUCAGACAGAAUAAGGAUCUUCUAGUGUUACUGCAAAAAGAUUUCGAGGAAAACUGUCUUAUGAUGCUUGAAGAAGGAUUUGUCAGUCCCUCAAUAAUAACUUUAGCGGAAAUGCUUUCGGCCAUUUUAUCCAGCUUUCUACGCUAUAACAAAAUGGCCGACCAUACAGUACCAUUACACAUUGCAGAGGAUUUCUGGGCAACUUUCCAGAGUUUCGAAGACCAAUGUUUAAAUAAAUUUGGUGAAUGUGUUUUGAAAUUAAACUACAAUCAGCCUCUAGUACUCGCAUUCCUAAAUCUCUGUUUAAGUGUGUCACACUUGAAACUUUUAAAUAUGAAGUAUAGCAACACUAAAUUGACCAUCAAAGAUGGUGAAGUGUUGCCAUUUUUGUCUAAAAACGAAUGGAGUGAGUUUUCUUCGAAGUUUCAAGAUGAAAAUGUACAAUUAAUAUGGAAUCAACUACUCCUUACAAAGUCCAUCGCACUAGACCUACUAUCAAACGAUACAGAUAAAUCUUCCAGAAACGACUUAGAAACUAAAUCAUCCUUCAUAAAACAACUAUCAAACCACCCGGAAAUAUUAUCAAAUAACUAUAUAAUAAGGAAUCUCUUAACAAAUUUAGAUAAAAAUCAGUUAAAACAAGCAACUAAGACACUUAUUAAGAUGUAUCAAAAUGAUCCAAACUCAAAUGUAUUUAGAAAUGAAGCAGUAGCUUGUAAUAGACAAUUAUUACAGCAUCUAGUAUUGAAAGUGGCUAAAAAUAUACUAGAAUGUAUGGAUAAUACAAUAUUACCAAAAGCCUUGAAUAAAUCAAGUUUUGAUGUAAUAGCGUUUGUGAAAGAAAACGAUGUGAAAUUAUUUUUCAACACAGAAUUGUUAAAUCAAGAUGAUAUAGCUAUAAAUUUGGCUAUAUUAAACGAAUUACAAAUAUACUAUUUAGAAGAAAAUUACCAAUUAACCGCCACAUUGGUUUUACUGAUCUUGAAGAAUUGUUGCCAGAAUAAGAAAUUAAGAAAAAAUAUAGAUAAUAUAUUGCUCAGUAUUUACGAGCUCAGUCCGAAAUAUCCUGAUUUAUAUAAAAUAUUCUCAGUUGAUUUCCUAUUUGAUUUUAAAAAAACAACUAUUUUGGAUUUGUUGAAAUUAAAAAUCAAAACGUCUAAUGAUAUGCUUAUAAUAAAAUGUGUUUUAGAGUCAGCAGUGAAAAAAGUAAAAAUCGAUUCAGAAGUCGUUGUCAAUAUAGUAGACAUACUUCUUAAGAAUCAUAAAAAGAAUAAAUCUAGUAUUGAAUACUUUGGAGACAUUGUAUUCCAAAUAAGCUGCCUUAUUUUACCAUUAAUAGCUAAAGAAAAAAAGGCUAUAACAACAAGCGCUUUUAGGUCAAUUUUAGCAAAUCUUCAAGAUAAGUUAAAUAAUGCUAUGUUGGAGUCUUUCAAAAAUAUUGAUUUUAGCCAGAAUAAUUCUGAGGAUACUGGCAACACUGAUGCAGAAGAAAAUAGUGUUGCAAUACUAAACGCUAUGGCAGCGUAUUCGUUAACACUGCUGAAGUGCUGUGAAACAACAGAUGCAGAAGAAAUAAAAAAUCUAAAUUGUCUUUGGUCAGGAUUGAAAUUUUUCGUGAACACUGCUAUUAAAACAAUCGAAAACUCAGCAUCAAAACACCAACAUGUAGACUCGUCCAUACAGUUAUUGAACGUAACACUCAGAUACAUAAAGAAACUCGAGUCUCACGAAAUAUUCCAAAAGAAAGACAAACUAUUUCAGCAGAUAUGGAACAGUGUCAAAGCAAGAAUAUUCAUGAUAUAUGAUUCUAAGAAGAAUAAUAUAAAUAAUCUAGAAGAAAUGUCGAUCACGUUGAAGUUUUUAUCUGAAUUGUCAUCGGUCGAGUGUUUCACUAAUCAUUUUGUUGCUGAUUUGACGAAUUUGGCGGUAUUAAAGAAACCUUCAAUAAUGCUGAAAAACCGAGACAUAAUAAAUUCUCAACUAACGACAAGGAGGGUGUCAAAAUAUUUAUGGCAAAACUGCUUAAAAGCUAAUAUAAUCGAACCGAAAUGUGUCGCCAUAACGAAGUUAAUAUUCCGAGCAACAAAAAACAUAAGAUUUUGGAUACAACAACAUUACGAUUCUAAUCAAAGCAUACAAAAUGGCUUCACACAAAGUGGCUUCACACAAAGUGGCUUCACACAAAAUGGCGAUGAUAAUUUAAAUGAAGAUAAUCUUAAUACGUCUGCUAAAAUUGAAGAUUCGAUUUGUGAGUUACUGAGGAACGAUUUGGAUAUUCUGUCUGAAGUUAUUUUGGCGGCUAAAAAGAUUUCACUUGACUACAAGUUGUUGGACGCGAUAUUUGAACUGCUACAUUUAUUCCAUUAUAUUUUGGGUCGUCAGACGAUAAAUACAAAGUGUGAAAUAAGCUGGCAAAGUUUUACUACAUUGUUCGAUGGCUGUGUUGCCAUGUUGAAUAAUUUAUUAUUAUCAAGAGAAGAGCUUUUAGAAGACAGAUGGCCGUGUUACAUGCAGAACUAUAAGGCAUUAGUGCUAUGUUUGUGUGAAAGAGCUACAAAAGAAGAUUUGACUAAUAGACUCGUAGAACACAAGUUAGCAGAAAUGGCACACACUGUUGAAAAGUUAACCCAAUCAAUAUGCAAGCGAAAGACGCACGUAUCUCGCAUAUCGGCGUAUGCAGUCGCCGAUAUAUGCACAUGGCUUGAAAGCAACCCCCCACCGAAAAUGGUCAGACAACAUCUAGAAAAUUCCAUAUCAUUACUAAUACAAGCCUCCGAUUCUACUUACGCUAUGGCCUUUCUGAGAAGGGCUUUAGCUGGAUCUGUAGGACAAAUGACUUUGACUAAUAUGUAUACUGUGUAUAAGAGGUAUCAUAAGUAUGUGGGUAAUGCGUGAAAUAAAAUUAUUAAUUAAA